AUUUUUCUUCCAUGAUAGAGACCAAGAAGCUUCUUCCAGCGUCAUUGAACGAUUUGUGUGGAAGGCGCAGGAAGAGAUAUUCCUUUGUCAGCAUAGCUCGCAGUAUUCUGAACGUACAGAGAACGUACCUUGCGAGUUGAGUCUCCCGCAGUUGACCACCAUGAAGGUUUCUCUGAUAUUUGCAGUUUUGUCCUUGGCACUCUGUGUCAUCGAUGCUGGAGCAAGGCCAAUGAACCCGAAGCUAGCGCGCCUGCUCAACAGGGUGAACAAGGUUCGGUCAUCGACCUGCAAGACGGAGAACGACUGCAAUCCUCGCCAGUGCUGCGUCAGGCAAGUGACUGUUGGCGACGAGGGCGAGGUGACAUUCAGCAAGAAGGGUAAAUGCAAGCCCAUCAAGCAGUUGACCGACACGACCAAGUUCACGCUCAGCAUCCUGAAGCUUGCAGGCGAGGCCGAGCCCAGUGACGCUCUGACAAAUGCUGCAGCGGGACCACCACCCGGAGAUAAGCUUCUCAUCUGCCCAGCCAACACACUGGAGCAGAGCCGUGAGCGUCGCGCUGCCAAGAAGGGAAAGAAAGGGAAGAAGGCGGCCAAGAAGGCGGCGAGGAUGGCAGCCAGGAGGGGUAUGGGUAGUGUUGAUGCGAUGGCAGUGCUCACCGAUGUGCUCGCUCCAGAUGUUGCCAUUGCCACUACCGUAGCUGAGGAACUGACCACCGCUCCGACCGACUCUACUGACACAGACGCAACAGCUCAAGUGCCCGAUUUCGGUGGUGCUGUUUCACAGUAGAGUUUUGUGCUGGCUCUUCAUCUAAUCUAGGUCCUAGGCUAUAGUGACUUACAUACUUUACCUUUCUGUGAUAUUGCUCAUCAUAUCCAUAAAUUCCUACUCUUCUUUAACGUUCUUUCCAAGUACCACAUCUUCUUCAUAAUCUCGCCUUUUUUUCGUGGCUCACACGGAAGCACAUCUCAUCAAUGCCUUACCUAGACAUGUCGUUUGCUGUCUACAGCACUAAGCAUGUACAUGUACAUGUAUAAUUCUUCUCAGGUCUAUUAAGUCUGGGUUCAGAGGGUCAAAAAACAAAGUUUCGAUUUUCUGUA